AUGGCAUUCAAGAACGGACUUAGUGAACGCCUCGAUGAGCUGCGAUUCCCUUCCCCAAGGUCGCCUCCUUCGGAGUCCGCUUUCCCCGGCUAUAACUCGCUCUCCCCGGGCCACUCCAAUUUCGUCUCGGCUUUCUCGCGACCCUCGGGCGAUGUCCGUGGGAAUCUUCAGCGCCGAUUUACAACCGAUUCCAGCAAGCUUGCUUCCUGGAGUCAUCUGAACCAUCUCGGGAGCAGCUCUCAGCUCCCGGCUCCAGAUCAUCUGGAUCUGCUUUCAUCGUUUGAAAAGAAGCGCCAGCACAUUGAGUACAUGCGAGAACAAAGAAGGAGAUUUGAAGAAGACAUGAAGCUCUUAGAUAUGCAACACGAGAAAGAAAAGCAAGAUUUGGAGCGCAUUGCUGAAAACCUCGCCAAAGUUGGCAUGUCUGGCCCUGUCAGCGAACCUACAACACCCCCAGAGUACCGUGAGAACAACUAUCCUGCUUUCACCCGCCCUACUCGGUUCUCAACUUCAAGUGUUACUUCCUCUCCGGGUUUCUUCAAUGUCUUUGCACCUGCUCAGGUCACUACUCCGCCGAGCCAGGUGAAUCACAACUCUGCUCAAACACCAACCAAUCGUUUCUCCGUUCACUCUGUUCCUGGUUCUCGGAGGAACUCAGAGAAGGAGGACUUCACUCAAGAACCUACUUCACCUUUCCGUCCAGGCCCAUCUAUUCAUCGCUACUCGAUGCCUUCUACAGGCUUAGGAUCACAGAUCCGUCCGAUCCUAUCGGGCUUCAACAGUUCGUCCGGUUUGGAGUCAUUCAAUGCUUCCAAAUAUCUGUUUCAUAACGAAGACGACCGGGCGACUUUGAAGGACGAGGACAGGAUUCCGACACCUGACUUCAAGAGUAUCCUUAAAUUGACUGACACUGACGACAAGUUCCCGACCCUAUCUCGCAGAGACGACUCAGGCCUGCUGUCUGCGAAUUCGGACGCCCUGGACCUCGCCAAUUCACGUACUCCCAACCCCGAGACUUGGAACACUCACAGUCGGCACCGCACUACUCACCAGAGCAUGCCACAAAACGCUCUGAACAUGUUCCGUCAGCUUGGUAACCAAAAUGAUGAGAAUCAUGCCCAUUCUUCGAACUCUGCUCGUCAUGCUGCCAGACAUUCGCUGGAGGCGAACCUGCUCUACAGCGCCGAGGACAAUUCUGAAAACCUGACAGCUACUGCUUCCAGCAGACCUACAUCCUUGCAGUCUUCAUACUCGACCAACGAUCUGCCCACAGUCAAAGGCGAGCCUUUCAAUGCCGCCGUCACUCCUCCUAAGACGCAUGCCGAACAGAUUCAACACAAUGCCAACCUUGGUCGGAUUCCUGCUGUGAACCAUGUGAACUCCCGCCAACAAAGGGAAUCGCCUGAACGCGAUGAAGCGAGAUUGCAGGGGACCCGGGCCCAGCAGACUACUCUGCAAGCUAGUGCCACACCUUUCGGUCCACCAAUCACCACCGGACCUGCCAAUAGCAGCAGUACUGUCGCACCAACUACUCUGACCCCAUUCCAGGCGCCGUUCUAUGGGUACGGUAUUCAAGCCUACAUGGGCGCUCCAGUGCAGGUUAGCGGUCAGAUCCAGAACUACAAUGCCGCAGCUCCUUUUGCUGGGUAUGCUCCCUAUGGCACUUAUCGCAUGCCUGAAGGUUCGGCCAAAAGCGUUACCUCCCGACGCAGCGGCGAUAACGAUAGCGCUCAGCUCUCUCGCUUCACCAACUUCCCGCUUGAGCAUUAUAAAGGCGAAUUGUAUGGCCUUUGCAAGGACCAACACGGUUGCAGAUACCUGCAGAGAAAAUUGGAAGAGCGUAAUCCGGAGCAUGUACAAAUGAUCUUUGAGGAAACACGCCUCCAUGUGGUUGAACUCAUGACAGAUCCGUUUGGCAAUUACCUGUGCCAGAAAUUGCUUGAAUACUCCAAUGAUGAACAGCGUACUGACUUGAUCAACAACGCUGCUCAUCAGCUCGUUAAGAUUGCUCUUAAUCAGCACGGUACCAGGGCGCUCCAAAAGAUGAUCGAGUUUAUCUCUACCGCCGAACAAACCCAAACGGUCAUCCAUUCGCUAGAGGACCAUGUUGUCGAACUGGUUCAGGAUCUCAACGGGAACCAUGUGAUCCAAAAGUGUCUCAACCGUCUCUCUGCUGAGGACGCUCAAUUCAUCUACGAUGCCGUUGGUGCCAACUGCGUGGUUGUCGGCACUCAUCGCCAUGGAUGUUGCGUUCUGCAACGAUGCAUUGACCAUGCGUCUGGUGAUCAAAAAGCGCGCCUCAUUGCUCAAAUCACUGCAAACGCAUUUGCCCUUGUUCAAGAUCCUUUCGGAAACUACGUUGUGCAAUAUAUUUUGGACCUUGCUGAGCCUCAUUUCACCGAGCCCUUGUGCCAGAAUUUCCGAGGCAACAUCCCCGCCCUGUCCAAGCAGAAGUUCAGCUCGAAUGUCAUCGAGAAGUGCCUUCGUACUGCGGACUUCCAAAUUCGGCGUCAGAUGAUCGAUGAAAUGCUGGCAGGAGCCGAACUUGAGAAGAUGCUCCGCGACUCAUUUGCGAACUAUGUGGUGCAAACAGCCAUGGACUUUGCCGAUGCUGAGACUCGAGCGCGGAUUGUUGAUUGCAUCCGUCCCAUAUUGCCUUCUAUCCGUCAAACCCCCCAUGGCCGUCGUAUUGCUGGUAAGAUGAUGGCAUCCGAAAGCUCAGGAAGGGGAAGUGCCGCAACCAGCGGGCAAGUGACGCCUAACGAAAUGAACUCCGCCCAGCUUCCGGGUCCCCUUCAAGGACCACAGAAGUCAUUCAUGUAUCAACACAGCCCUUUCCCAGUCGGUUCCCAGUUUGGAAAUCAGAACUUUGUUCCCACCGCUGGCUCCACGACAGGUUCCAACGCUCCGUCUGGCGGACCUAGCGAGGCUAUUUUUGCUUCAGCUGUCCCGCAAGCCAACGGCAAUCUUGGUGCUCAAAGUCAGUUGUAUGCGUACUUCUGA